AUGUACUGCAGUGUUGAGCUGAACUUCAAGUUACCCUUGAUCACCUUAUCCACGGCCUGCAAGAAAUCUUUCUCGGAAGCCACCUUUCUUCUGGCACGAAUGGCAAACAUGCCUGCCUCCGUACACACAGAGCGCAACUCUGCACCAGUGGCGUUCGGGCACAAGCGCGAGAUCAACUCCCACCGGAUGUCCUUCUCACAACUCAUGGUUUUCGCGUGGAUACGGAAGAUGUUGGCACGGCCUUCCAAGUCGGGCAAGGAGAACUCGACUUUCCGGUCGAUUCUGCCGGGACGCAACAACGCCGGGUCUAAAGUGUUGGGUCUGUUGGUGGCGAACAUCACCUUGAUGUUACCACGGGGGUCGAAUCCGUCCAACUGCGUGAUCAACUCCAACAUGGUGCGCUGCACCUCGUUGUCGCCGCCGGCGCCGUCGUCAAAACGGGCUCCGCCAAUGGCGUCCACCUCGUCAAAGAAAAUGAUGCACGCCUUUUUCGUGCGAGCCAUUUCGAACAACUCGCGCACCAUACGGGCACCUUCUCCCACAUACUUCUGGACGAGCUCGGAGCCAAUGACACGGAUAAACGUCGCGUCGGUUCUGUUGGCCACGGCACGUGCGCAAAGCGUUUUGCCUGUGCCCGGAGGCCCGUACAAAAGAAUGCCCUUGGGCGGGUCAAUACCCAACUUGACAAACCGCUCCGGCGCGAGAAGCGGGAGCUCCACCACCUCACGCAACUUCUCGAUCUGCUCUUUGCAGCCGCCAAUGUCGCCGUAA